ACGAACGAGACGCAUGCUGAUAGUGGAACUUGUCGUAAAUGAAAACUAGCUGCGGAGGGUUUCUGAGAAAUAAGACAACCGGCUUUUCUGAGUAAAAUCUCAGCGAGUAGAAUCAUUGGAAGUGAUGAAAGCAACCGUAGUGUAGUUUUUAUAUUACGUAUGUACAGCAUUAAAUGUUCCUCACUUUUGUUACUUUAGCGGCAGUGGCGAGACAAGCUAGUUUUCAGACUUGAAGGCGCUUUCGGAUUGGACUGUGAUAAAAACUUCUUUAGUUUUAUUUCAGAAUUUCAUUAUUGGCAAUAUCUUAAAAAUCGUCUGCUAGAUCGUCGUUUGUGACAGUGAGAAUUCUUUAUUGAAAAAAAAAUAUUUUUUUUUUCUUCUCUUUUUGUUUCACAUAUUUGCGAUGUGGAAUUUGGAUUACACCAGCUUUUUAUUCCUUUAAUGGAUAGUUUGUGGAUGAAGGACUACUUAGGAGCCUCUUCUAUCGACUCCUGUCUCCUAGUCACCGACAGUUGAUUUAUCUUGAACUACCGCCAUGUUGACUACUAGUCUGUCAGUUCUAGAUUCCGCCUUCAGCAGUCCCGCCGCUUCUUGUCCAGCCCUAGAGCAAGAGGAAGUCCUCAACCUUUUUCUGGUAGAUCUGCCGGUCAUCGAGUCUUCUUUGAUCGGUGGGCCUUUCGUCUCCGUCAAAGACAUCAACUGGGAUCUGGUCUCUCCCAAAGGCUCCUCCUCCUCUCGUUGCAAAAAGACCAAACAGACCCUCAAGUCUGCGAUGAAUCACGCCAUCGAGCCUGAAGAAGACCUUAAGAAGCUCAUCAACAACGAGACCAAACUGAGACUUAGCGGAUAUUACUACGGCAAUCUAAGCUGGGUGGACGCUUCACAUAUUCUGAAAAAGACCAAAGUCGGGACGUUCCUGGUGCGCGAUUCCGAACAUUGCAACUAUCUUUACGCCUUGUCUGUUCAGACCAGACGAGGACCAACAAGCUGUCGGAUAGAAUAUGAAAACGGUUGCUUCAGAUUGGACUCGUCCGAUGAUCUAUCCGACAAAAUGCCACGGUUUGACAGUGUCACAGACCUUAUAGACCAUUACGUUCAUUUGACGCAGAACUUGCCACAAAAACCUACCACUAAAAACUUGUCACCAGUGUGGCUAGAUAUGGACGAAGAAAACAGCAGAGACGUUCCCGUACAAAUAUACAAGCCUUUGUACAAGAACGUGCGCAGCUUACAGCAUAUGUGUAGGGUCAAUUUAGUGAAAUUGCAAAAAGAGGGAUCUCUUCGGACAAAUGUUAAAAAUAGUGCAUGUGAUAUGCUACCCACAAUGUUAAAGAACUAUUUAAAAGAAUAUCCUUACAGCCAAUGACAUCAUAAGAAAUUUAGUUUAAUUUAAUAAUUUUCAUGUAAUAUGAGAGAAAAUAAAUGUGCACGCAAUUUAUCCCGAUAAUAUUUUCAAAGAAACUGUUCUGUAUAGUUGUGUUAAAUAACAUCGGAAAAAGUCUAAAAUAUUUUUUGUUUUUCAACUAUACUAAUUUUUCCUCCUAAUUUUUAUACACUUUUUUAUUACGCAAGUGCAACAAAAAACGAAUUUUAAUAAAUGCCAUUUGAUUUUACAGUGUAAUUUUGUACAGUGACUACUGAAUGAUUGUACAACUUUCGAUUAUAAAUCGUUCCUAAAUAUUCUGCUUCCCAUGAUUCAUUAAGUGGCCUAUUUAGAAAUAAAAAUUUUUGUUUGAAAACUUCAAGUGUUCAUGAUUGACUGUCAAAUUUCCAAAAGUGCCAUUAACUGUCCAAAAUCUAUCCGUAAAUUGUCCUUAUUUCCUGGUCAUCCAUAACUAAGUUUGGUAAAAAAUAUCUUUUUAUCUUUUUUUUUGGAGAUGUGAGCAAAAAAUUAUUAGUUAAAAUAUGAUUAUUUAAACUGCUAUGAAAUGCGGGUAGGUUCAUUGUUUCAUAUCUGCAUUAUUCUAAAUUAAAGAAUGAAUUAAAACUAAUUGAUUUUAUUCCUUCUGUCUUAAACUAUUCAAGAUAAUUGCUGCGAACAAUGCUUAAUAGUUUCAAAAAACUGUAACAGAAAAUAAAAUAUCAAUAGCUUAAAUUAAAAUGGAAUCUCAUAUAAUAUAAUUUUAAAAAUUCAUGACAAAUCUAGUUUUAGUCAUUCAAAAAAAAAAGGAAAAUCAAAAUUUAAAUUCAAAGUUUUAUAAAUAUUUGAUUUAGAUUUGAUGAAUUCAGCUAUUUAAUUGUAAUUAUAUAAUCUUAAAAAUAUAAUUAAUUGUGAGUUAAUAUAUGACAUUGAACUUUUAAUUUUACUCUAAUUGUUUUUUCUUUAUUAAACAUUCAAAUUUAAGCAUUAGUAUAAAAAGUCAAAAUAAUUGUUUUAAUUUACAGUAUAGUUAUAGUGUUUUAGCUAUUUUCACUGUUAUAGGUUUUGGACACUAUAACACACUUUUGAACAGUAAAUUUCCUCUUGUAUUGUUUAAUAACCCUACUCUGGGUUCAUUGUAUUGCUAUUAAUUUAAACUGUUUUGUUAAAAACAGAGCUUAAAUGUUUUCCCUAACCUGUAUUCAAUUUUUUUUCUAAGGGACCAAAGGAUGAAUCAGGAAUAAAUUUGUUUGUAAAAUUACUAAAAUUAUAUUUUAUAACACUAUGUGCAACCAAAUUAACCAACAGUGCAACUAAAUUUGGUCUUCAUAUGCUUGAGUCGAGGAGAUAUGAAAUUCAUAACUUCAAAGUGAUUGAUUAACAUCUUGAAUCUUUUCUUACUAUUUAAAACAGUACUUCAGUUUAAUUUCUAAUGGUUCACAAGUUUGGUUGAGUAAUUAUUACACUCGCUAGUUAGCUAGUAGUUUGGAUUUUUACCAGUAUUUAUUAUAUUUAUAUCGGCAGAAAUUUUACCAUAAUUUCUUUAAUUAUUAACAAACAUUUUUCUUUUUAAAAGAUUAUUACCAUUUGUUUUACAUACAAUAGUAACUAUAACUUAUUUGGAUAAAUGAUGAAAUCCUUGCAUAACGAAGUUUUAAGAAAGCUUAAAUUAUUUUUGCUCUUUCAUCUAUUAUGCCACAAUUAAUAAAUAUUGUAAAAUAUGAAAUAAAUAUUAUUUCUCGAUUUAUAAUUUUUCGUUAAAUCAGACUCGUUAUAGAAAGCUUUCAGUGUUGUUACAAUGUGAAGUGUUAUUAAAGAGAAUAUUUUAUUAAAGUUAACAUUAAAGUUGGGAAAUAUCUUAAAGUCUAUCAAAUUUCAGGUUUUAAAAAAAUGUCAAAAUUGUCUGCGUCACGCAUAAAAAGUUACAUUCUAAAUCUUACUGAACUAAUCCUAAUAGAGUCUUAGAACACUAUAUUUCACUAAAAUUCAAAACUGGACAUGCCAUUCUUUAUAUUUUUAAAAUCGUUUUUUAAAAAAAUGCUAUUUUUUAAAAUCGUUCUUUUAUAAAUGUUAUUCUUUUCACUUUAAAUUAAAAAACAGCUCUACAUAACAUAUCAUAACGUUUUAUGAAUUGCAAAUAUUAUUUAUCCACACUGUUUUACAAGUUCAGCAUCGUUUGCAUUCAUAUAUAAUUAAUAUAAAAUAGCAAUGUUUGGAAACUAAAAUGAUUCUAAAACUGAAUAAUCUUUAUUAUUUUAAACUUGUGUUGCAGAAUUUUUUUUUGUAGACAACAACCGUAUCAAGUUUUUGUAUAGCCUUAAAAGUAAAAGAACCAGUUGCGCCUAAGAUUAAAGAAAAAAAAAACUCUGUUCCAAAUAAAUAAAAUAUAUUCAAAGAACGUUUUGUGUUUCAAAUCCGGCUAUGAAUAUGUUACGUUCACAUUUAAUGCAUCAUCAAAAAAAGAAUUGGUCUGAUUCGAACAAUGCUACCAUACCUAGAAUUUUAUAGUACCGGAAUAAUAAAAACUGAGAUGAGACUACCGACCAAUUUUUUGCAUUUGGAAUGGUCUGCUGAAUUUCUUUUGCUGAAAAGACUUCUAAGAAAACGAUCUUUUGUUUCUAACAAUGAGAGCGAGUAGGUCAGCACUCUGAUAGAAUAAGGUCAACUUCGAUUUCUUAGAACUCUCUUUCUCAGCUUCUUUAUGUGUGUACUUCAGAUCACGUUUUUUCCCAGUUUCGUGUUGCCAUUCCAAAGAAAUGCUAUUUUAGAAGUCAUUUCGUUAGAAUUUUUCUUUUAGAAUUCGUAUGUGCAGUGGAAAAAUAACAAUAAAUAGCAAUGUAAUUUUUUAUGGUGCAUUGUCUGUAGAGUGUUUUUAGGAUUAUUUUUCUGGUUUAAUAUUAAACGUAAUAUUAAUUAUAUUUCGUUUCGAAAUUACCAAUUUUAUCGUUCGUACAUUUCACAUCAAAAUACAAACGAUAAAAUUUUUUUCUUCUUAUUAGUAUUUUUAAUGAAAUUUCUAAGAAAUCCUAAAAUGUCCUCAAUCUUAAUUAAUAUAUUACUUUUGUCAACUAUUAGAAUUUUUUUUUUCAAAUUGAAAACUAGUUUUAUAUGAAAGGAGAAAAUAUUGUCUGUUUAGAUUUAUACUUAUUUUUGUCAUAAUUUAAGCAUUUAUGGUUGUCUUAAAAUGCAGACAUUUUUUUAAUACUGGAAAUUUAUUUUAAUAUGAAGGGGUUGUAAGCAAUGGAGUAACAAGUCAUGAUAUUUUUUCAUCAAAUGUCCUUAAUAUUGUUUCCGGAUUGAUGCUUCGCAAGAUUUCGAAAUUUACUCUAGGUGGCUAACUUAAUUAAAAAGCUACAUCCGUGUAACAUAUCAAUAUUCUUUUAUUUAACUUGGACUCAACCUUUUUUCAAACAGGUAGUUAAAAUACUCUUUAUCAUUUUAAAUAAAGGUAAUUUAAUUCUGUAAAAAUAUUAAUGUGGUUGACCGUUGUUAUUUUGUUUGCUUAUUUAACUCAUACAUCAACAUUCUAUUAAGUGUCUUCCCAUUUCUAAAUAUCCUUAUUUGCUUUUUAACGCAAAUCAAUAACACAUCGUACAAAAGAUGUUAAAAUAUCAAUUAUUCUUAUCGAUGUUAAUGAUUAAAUUUUAAACACUUCAUUUGACUAUACUACACUUGAUGUUCUCCAAACACCGCCCUUGUUAUGUAUAUUUUUAGAAUUAUGUUUAUAAUAUAGACAGAUAUUUGACGAUGAUAUUCCGAAUUUAAGAAUAUAAUGAAUUUUCAUCGUAAAAAAUUUCAAAAACAAAAUUGUUCUCAAAAUUUUAAAUGUUUUUGCUUCCUUUAUUUUUCUAACAAGCAGUAAUUAAUGGAACAAGCGUAAUUUAUUUAUUAUCUGUUAGUUAAUCGUGUACAUUCCUUACAAUGUGCAGUUCAUUUUUGAUAAGGAUUCUAAAAAUACAUAUGAAAGGCGGUGGUAUGAUCAUUCUUUGCUGUAAUAAAUUGAUUCAUGCAAACUUAUAUCAAUUCAUGUUAUUACUUUUUUGGCUUAAUUAAAAAGUGAUGUAAAGUAUGUGAUUCGUUGUAAAUAUAUGUUGUGUAAAAAAAGAAAAAGUCGUGCGCCACAUUACAGCAUUAUUGUGAUGUACUGGGCAAUAUUAUGCACAGAGCUGUGGUAUUUAUUUUUAAGUCUGACCAACGAGAUGCAUGCAAUUGUUCAUUGUUGGUGUACAGUUGACCUUAAUGUCUGUUUGGCUUUUGAAGACAAACUUUCAAAAUAGCCAAAAUAAAAUUAUUUAUAUUUA